UUUUCCACACUGUUGCUCCUCCUUCUUUGAGACACAUCAUGUUAAUAGUUUCCCUGUCGUACUCUCACAGGAGGCUCUCACAUACAUAAGCAGAUAUCAUGGAAAAGGGACCUCCUCCUCCAGAAAUGUCCGCACCGCCGUACCCCGGCCCCCCUACGGGUGUGUACCAUACUCAGCCUACCAAUCAAACGGUUUCUCAACCUGCUUACCAACACCAGGUUGUCUAUUCUGUGAACCAUGUGGCGGUGGUGCAGCACCUGCCAACCGAUUGUCCCGCACAGAUGACGUGUCCUCACUGCCAAACCUCUGUUCUCACUAGAACUGAGUACAGAAAUAGUACGCGCACAUGGGUGUGCUGUGUCUUAAUAGGGCUUUUCCUGUGCUGGCCUUGCUGUUUCAUCCCGUUCUGCGUGGAUUCUUGCAAGGAUGUGGAACAUAUCUGCCCCUCCUGUAACAACAUCCUGUACACCUAUAAACGCAGGUGAAACAGCACUGCUGGGUAAACUUUCCUGAAGCUGAAGAAGUCUAACAUAAACAUAAAAUAAAUAAACAUAAGCAUUAGAGACAAGCACUUUUUUAAACUCUAUGCUUGUUUAACAUGCUGCAUUACUUUGUAUUGUGCAUAUGCGUAGUACAAACAGCUGUGAUUCUUUCUUUUCUUUUGUUGAUUUAAAAUGUGUUAUCAUGUUACCCAAAUAAAUGUAAACAUACAUAUGUGAAAUCUAAUUAUCAUCAUAUUUUUUCUUGAUCUGAGUGAUGUCUCAAUAUAAUAUAUUUCAGUGUUAAAUAUAAGUAUCAAUGCACAUUUAAUGACAUACUGACAUUAAAAAGCAGCUACAUGGUGAUGAUGUAUGAUAAUCAUAUCAUCAAGUGAAAUUGUUUACGGAUUUAACUCUGUUAAUAAUUGAAGGCCAGUCUUAUUUCUGCAAUAAUACCCAAAAUCACUGCUUGUACCAUGAAAUUAUUCAAAUGAAUAAAUUCCCAAUUAAUCACCA